AUGGAAGUCACGCCUUGCAGAAUAUAUGGGAAGACAGAAGGGACAAUGAGGUGCGGGCGGUGUAAAGUUACAGUAUACUGUGGGAAAGAGCACCAGAAGCAGGACUGGAAGAUGCAUAAGAGAAUGUGUGCACCUAUGAGCAGGAAAGUAUUAUAA